CUAAGUGUGUAAUCUGAAAGAAAACAAAAGGCUCACCAUGGAAAUAAUUUUUGGGAGAAGAACCAAGCUAUACUCGGGCUCUUAAAAUAAUAUAAGUCGCAGCAGCAUCCGAAAGGAGAUUCGGAUGUGGCUUUCGAAAAUAAUUACUCAUUCACCACAACUCAAACCAUAGACGUCACAUCCACACCGACUUCUCACAGCUCCUAAUUAAAUACCUGCAUACAUUAAUACCACUAUAUUACCCAAACAUAAUGAAACGCAUCCAUGUGGAUAACUACGCCCCAAAGUACUACAGUGGCAAGUGGUCAUGGGAUUCGGAAAAAGACUGCCUCCACUUCCAGGCACACAACGAUCUGGAGAACGCUCGGGAGCGCUUUAUAACCACCAACGGCUUCAAGUUCCUGCGCACCAUUGACCAGGAGGAAGAGCUCAUCUUCCGGCAGGAGUAUGUGCGACCGAAGACCAACACCAGUGACACUGUGGUGAUCACAGAUAUUAGAAAUUUGGUGCUCUUCCUGAUGCCUCGAGAAUUUUUGUCCUACAGAUUCGUACAGUUCAUGCACGAGCGGGAGGUGCUCCACGUAAUCCACUCCUUGAUAAUUUACUUUGAGUACUAUUUACGCCUGGUGGAGUUUGUGCUUAUUCGCCGUGAUGAACUUUCCGGUCAGAUGGCCCAAGUCCAGAGCGAGCAGACCAGUGACAUGAAGCGAACAUUUUCCGUUUACUUAAGUCAGUACCGUAUGCUCGUGGCCCGCAAUUACUGCCUCAUCAUCGGGGGCGAGGCCAACAUGUCCAAGUUCUACCACAUGAAGCCUAUUUCCAACAUUUCAGCAACGAUCCACGAUAAGUGCUUCCAUGAGCAGUUUCUGGCUGUGGCCAUUCAAAUGGUCUGGAUCUGCAUGCAUCGCAGGGCGUACUUUAUCAUAGAAAUGGAAAUGAAUCGGCUCUUCCGGUCGGAGCACUUUGUAUCCGCCCGUCCUGAGUACCUCAACUUCACGGAAGCAGAGCGCAGUCUUCUCUAUGGCAGAAACAAGAAGAACUGUAACUACCGAGUUCAGGAAUCGCCACUGAUCCAGGAGCUGAAACUGGUGCCAGUGGAGGAUCUGCCCAUCCUGUGGAUAGGGGAGCGCAAGUACAGAGGAUCCGAUGUCCGCAUUGCCGAGAUGGAGUUGGAGUACAUUGUGCCUGGAUCACAGCUCCCCCUGAUUGACGUAUCCCAUGGCAUUCUCGGCCAUCCAAAGGCGCUCUACAAUACGCUCCUGAGCCUCGAUUGGCCGGCUGUACGGUACUCAAACUUCUCCGAACAAUACGAUCCGUACCAGAUUAUCAGGCGACCUUACCUGAAAAUUCCCAAAUUAGAUGAACUUCAGAUGCGAAAGAUGAGCGAGAACUAUGAGCACUUUUACGAGAUUAGUAGAGUUUUUGAGCCCUACACCCACAAUGAAAUCACCAAGUGGGUCAAACGAGACCUCACCAUCAAGUUCUACCGGUCAGGAGGUCUGCUCACGAAUGUGGUAUCGCGGUGUGAAAAGGAGUUGGCUAGCACAUCCACGGGUCCAAGGGUCGAGAUGAUCAUCUCCAACUACUUCAAGGUUAUAUCCAAAAUACGCAAGGGUGAUAAAGACACGGACAAAGAAAAAGAUAGCUUUUUAAACGCACGUUCUGGCAGUAUGGCAACGCGCUUUAGUGUAGGUAAAGUGACAAAAAAAAGUUCAGUAUCGGGGGGUCACAGAAGUAUCCUUUGAACAGAUCCGGUUGAAAAUAGUUAAAGGGACUUCGAUGACACCCCAAUUUCGAUAUUUUGAAACUGAAAUUUUGUAUCCAAUUGUACCAUUUCCAUGCAUAUGUGCGAAUAUAUAUAAACUCAAACAUCAAGUGUUAAGC